GUUGGAAAUAUGGAGGAAUUGCUGUGUCAGGUCCAGGACGUUUACGGAGACGAGAGUCUCGCUCUUUUGGAUUUUGAGGACGGAGAUGAUGAAGAGGUUUAUCCGCCAAACCGAAGUGAACGAACUACCUCCACGGCUGAACUGACCGAAUUUCCUUCUACCGAUUCAGUAGACGGCUCUUUAAACAACUCUAUGGAACGAGUUGAACCGCUACUGAUGAUGAAGCGUCGAUACUUCAUAAUCGUCCCCAUCGAUCGGCGUCGUCGACUCAUCUCCCUUCCACAACGACAAUUGGAAGUCUUGCCUCGUCCUAUGAUCUGA